AUGACAUCCACGGUCCCCGUUGGCGAAUACAUCUUCCGCCGUCUGCACCAGCUCGGCAUCCGCAAUAUUGUCGGCGUUCCUGGCGACUUUAACCUCAACCUCCUCGACCAUGUCUACAGCAUCCCUGACCUGCGCUGGGUAGGCACCUGCAACGAGCUCAACGCCGCCUAUGCUGCUGACGGAUACGCCCGCGCCCGCUCCCUGCCCGGUGUCGUCGUUACCACGUAUGGGGUUGGCGAGCUCAGCGCCCUCAACGGCAUAGUUGGCGCAUACAGUGAAUAUGUGCCUGUCAUCCAUAUCGUGGGCAACACCUCCCGGGACAUGCAGCGCAACCACACACGCAUCCACCAUACCCUCUGGAUGGACCAGUGGGACCACCGAACGUAUCAGAAGAUGGUCGAGCCCGUUGCCGCCGCCACGGCGUUUUUGGACGACGAGAGCAAGGUUGCUGCCGAGGUGGACAGGGUGAUUGAGACAGCUGUCAAGAGGAGGUUGCCGGUUUACCUGUUCGUGCCCCUUGAUAUACAGGAUAGCCCGAUCGAUGCUACGCCGUUGCAGAAACCAUUGGACCUGGCCGUGCGGAACGAGGGUAGGGAGGCAGAGGAGGAUGAGGUUGUUGAGGAGGUGGUCAAGUUGAUGGGCCAGGCAAAGGAUCCCGGCGUGUUGGUCGAUAUGUUGAUGUCCAGACAUGACCUGUAUAAGCAGACAAGCGAGCUGGUCAAGCUCUUAGCUGCUCCGUGGUAUACUACCCCGUUGGGUAAAUCGACUGUCAACGAGUCGGAUCCUCACUAUGCCGGCCUCUACUGCGGCAUAACCUCUAGUAACCCUGCCCUGAAGGCUCAGAUCGAGUCUCACGACGCCGUCCUCCAUCUUGGCCCGUUCAACGUCAGUGGUAACACAGGAGGUUUCAGCACAGAAUUGCCGGCCAAUAAGCUCAUCGAGCUUCACCCGGCAUACUGCUCCGUGGGAAGAAAAGUGUGGAAGGGCCUUGACUUUAGACCUGUUAUCGAGAAGCUGCUUGUCAGACUGGCCAAACAGCCUAUUCAGCGAACAGUCGAUGUUGCCAAGAUCCUUCCCAAAACCUCAGAGCAGCCAUCUGAUGACAACUGUACCGACCCCCUAGACCACGCCCGCUUCUGGGACCGUCUCUCUAAAUUCCUGCGUCCCAACGACUUCGUCAUCGCCGAAGUGGGCACCUCCCAAUUCGGUUCUCAGGGCCUCACCCUCCCCGACAACACCCCUUACUUCUCCCAACUCUACUACAGCUGCAUCGGCUUCUCCGUCCCCGCCACGCUGGGCGUCCUCCUCGCCCGCCGCGAAACCGCCAUCCCAGGCCGUGUCGUCCUCCUCGUCGGUGACGGAAGUCUACACAUGACCGUCCAGGAGAUCGGCACCAUGGUCCGCGAGGGCUUCAAACCCAUUAUCAUCGUAGUCAACAACAAGGGCUACACCAUCGAACGUCUCAUCCACGGGCCCGAACAACAGUACAAUGACAUCUCCGAGAUGUGGGACUACCAGAAGAUGCUCGGCUUUUUCGGCGCCAAGGAUAGCCGAAGCUACAGUGCGCGCACUUACAAGGAGCUGGGUGUCAUCUUGAACGAUGAGACCUUUCUCAAGGCGGACGUCAUCCAGGUCGUCGAGAUAUUCUUCGAUAUCAUGGACUCGCCGUGGAACCUGACCAGAUUGCUCGAGCUAAAGGAGGAGCGGAUAGCCCUGGCCAAGGCUGCGAAGGAGAAGGCGGCUCUAGCUGCUGCUGGGAAUGCGACUGCUAAUUAA